GUGUGGCAGCACUGGUUUAUGACGCUACUUUUCCCAAAGAGAACCCCAAAUGUUGAGUGAAAAUAAGUAAAUGUGCAGUUUAUAAUUGGAAAAUAACUAGUUUAGCUAAAAUUAAUGUUGAAAUUACGAAAUAAGCUAAACAUUUUUUGAACUGCACUUACUCUCAGUGUUAAUAUAUUUGCAUUGGCCGAAAAACAUUAGGCAAUUGAUUGAAAGAAAAAAAAACUACACAAUCACCUCAACAACACGGAAUAGUAGAAAUAUUGAAUAUAUCCUACCUAGCUGCAUACGAUACUGCCUGCAUUGGCAUACUUGUAUAUUAUAGUGAAUUGUACAUAACUCAAAUUGAAACUUUCUGUGAUAUGCAAUACAAAAAAUGCAGUCCAAUCUAGACAGUAUUGAGAAAAAAUUAGAGAUUUUAAAGUCCAUUACACCGCCAAAGAUUGCCAUUACAAAAACCACUUUCCUGACUCCCAUUGAAAAGCCUGAAUUACAAAAACAACAUCAAAAAACUAAACCUCAUUUGUAUACUACCGUAACGGCGAAAAUAACAGAGACCACCAGGAAUAGCACAUCAGCAGUAAACACAAUUUCAUUGCCGUUACAAGGAACCAAAACAAAAGAGAUUGGCAAAGUUGCUUUAAGAGAUUUAAAGGAUAUAAUUAAACCAUUUGGAAAAUCCAUAGCUUCUCCUGCAGUCAGCACCUCACCUAAAGCAUCGGGCUCAUCGAAGGAAGCUGUAAAUUAUAACAUGGCUAUUGUGGCAGCUAAAAGGCCCCAUUUGACCAUUGUGGCCAGCAAAACAGUUGUCGAUAGCAGUACCGCGACCCCAGCCUCCUCAACCGCAGGGGUGAUGUAUUUAUCUACAACCACAGAGAGUAGCACCACUGCAACUGCAGAAACAUCAACAGAAAGUGGAAAGAUGGAGCAUAGUUAUAUACGCGAGCAUAAUCCCAAGCCAAUUGGAAUAGAGAUUAAAAAUGGCCUUACACCCGCUAGAAAUAUUCUCUUGCGUCGUCCACCACAAUGUCAGUCAUGUCACUCACAUCCAUCGGAUGAACAAGAUUUGAAUGAUAUGAAUCAAGCACCCAUACCUUCAUAUAAUGAAAUAUCUGCCAAAGAAGCCAUGAACGAAUGUGCGCGCAUAGCGAAAUAUGUGAAAAAUAAUAAUGCAGAUGAUGAAGACUGGGAAAUGAAAAUCAAUCAAAUGGGUUGGUCGAAUAUGCAAAAGACUUUGUUCAGCAAAGUAGUUCGCAUACUGGACAAUGACCAAUUGGGUCGUUUGGCUCAUUGCAGCCGACCCAAUGAAGCAAUGCAGCGUCGCGUUAUUGUGGACAAAUCUGCGGCUCGCAUGCGCAAAGCUUUGGCAUCCGUGGCCUGGGAAUCUCGUUUAACACAAUGGCUGCAUAGUCUUCUCAUGGAUUGUUUGCCUGCUACAUAUAUGGCUUCUUAUUUAGACAUACUGCAAACUUUGAAAUCCAAACUACCCACUCUUAUGGACAAAAUGCUUUUCGGUCGCCCACUUAAUAUAAGUCAAGAACUUUUGGCACCAGUUCUAAAAAAGAAAUGGGAACCUCAAAUUGCCAUAAAAUCACGAAAUCUAUCUCAAAAUGCAGUUAUUGUGGCGCUGCCCUCAAUGCCUACGGGUGGGCCAGUACCCAAUCGCUUGCAAAAAUGGUAUCAACAUUUGGCAACCAUAACGCAAAUAGUACAGGUGACCUUACCCAUGACAAGUGGCCAUAUCUCACGCCAACCUUUGGAACAAGUGGCGGAGCAAAUAGUCUCCUUGACACGAGUAAAAAUUCAUGAACUGCGUAGCGAAAACUCCCAACGAAGCAUUAUUUUAAUUGGUUUCAAUGCUGGUGCUUCAUUGGCCUUACAAGUGGGUAUGUCAGAGAAUGUGGCCUGUGUUGUAUGUAUGGGUUUUGCCUACAACACCUAUAAUGGUAUUCGGGGUACCCCGGAUGAUAGGAUUUUGGAUAUAAAAGUGCCCAUACUCUUUGUUAUAGGGCAAAAUUCUGCGAGAUCAAGUCCUGAGGAAAUUGAAUGCUUAAGAGAAAAAAUGCAAUCCGAGUCAUCCUUGGUGGUUGUAGGCAGUGCGGAUGAUGCUCUUAGGGUACCCAAAUCCAGACGAAAGAUUGAGAAUGUAACACAGUCAAUGGUAGACACAAUGGUGGUCGAUGAGGUUUAUGAUUUUAUCAAGAAAAUAUUGGCGAAUCCUCCAGGGCCACGCAUACCUACGUCAGUAAGUAACAAUAUUUACAACAAGUUGAGCAAAGCAUCGUCGGGAGAAAAGACCCCCACUGGACCACAGCGUAAACGAAAGCAAGAAGUCACUGAUGCAGAGGGAACACCAGCAAAAACAAAACCUUUGGAAGUGAAGAAAUCCAUGCACGAAUCAAACCCCAUUACACAAGAUCCAUUUAUAGUUAAGCGAAAGGUUGGCAGACCACGUACUCGCCCUAUGCCAAAUGCUGCAACGGCUACCCCAACAGGCAAACUCUCUCAAAUUCAUACUUCAACGCCUGUUAUUAUUGGCAAAGGUCAGGUCAAGGUCAAUAAGAUGACAACAAAUGAUGAUCUAAACAUGGCCAUGCAAUCCAUUAUGUCCGAUACAAAUGAUGGGGAUUCCAGUUUGAAUACCAGCACUACCAGUACCGAUUCCAAUUCUCAAAAACUUGUAUCCAAUUUCGAAUUAAUAGCUCAAUCGGGAAAAACAACACCCUUAAAGACGACCCUUAUGAAUGCUCCACAAAAGCCAUUAAUAAUAGGUGGUUCCAGCUCCACGGCAGUGGGUACCAAAAUCAAAAUGAUACCCUCCAAUCAAUUUGUGCAAAUAAAACCCACUACCUUGCAAUCGCAAUCGAAAAUCUAUACCAUCAAACCGGGCUCAGUAUUGGGCCAAAAUCAAGGAGAAAUUUUAGGUGGCCCUCGCAUAGGAAGUAUAGUAACUACAAGUCCAAGCAGUACAACGGGUCAACAUAUUUUCACUUUAAAGACACCAAAUGGCCAGACAACCCAAUUUGCUACUGCUGUGGGAAAUCAACCGAAAUAUACGGUUUUAAAAAAUUCUACGGGGAAACCUACUUUGCAGUUGUCGGCUACAGCAAAAACUCUGCAUCCCAUAGCCUCAACGUCUGGAGCUGCAACAUCCUCCUCUUCUGCAUCGAGUAACUUGGAUCUAUCCAACAUAAUUGAUAUGCCCAUUAUAUUUGCUGACAAUGAGGGUAAUCUUUCGGAAGGGAUGGAUAGCAACAAGGCGACAAGUGCUGGAGCCUCAACAUCAGGCAUUAAAACAGCAUCCAAAGGCGUUGGACAGCUUAUAAUAAGCCAGAAAAUCAUCAAAGAGGCAAAUACACCACCCACCAUUACCAGCGGCACAAGUGGCACCUAUGUCAUCAACAAACCCGGAACUAUCAUACAAUCACCGCAAUUGGGAAAUAAACCCAAUAAAGUUGUUUUUAUCAAUCGCAAUUCAAUGAAACCCUGCCCAAAUAUCAUAUCAAGAACCAGCUUGACACCUCAAUUGCCAAAAUAUACCAAAGUUGUGGUGACAAAUUCAAAAUUGUCUUCAUCGCCAACUAUUAUACCGCGUGUGGGCAGCAGCAUAACUACCACUUCACCCCAGGCUUCUACGGUGAAGAAAAUCAACAUUCAACCCUUUAGUUCGAGUUCGGCCUCGUCUAUAACAACACGUACAGCGGGGGGCAUUCUCAAUGUACCCACAAAAAAUUUGCCCCAAAUACAGAUUAUAAACAACCCCAAUGCUUCCCUAAUAGCUUCAGACAAACCGCAAAUACGUAACAUUGUUGUCAAACCAGGUGGUCUAAAACAAAUACCAUCGCAUUUGACAAGUCAGUUGCUGAAUCGUAAUCUAACCGUGCGCAAAUUGGUUAACUUAGUGCCGGCUACUAAGUCUUCACCAACUGCAAUAGGUGGAGGAGUUAGUGUAGCCACAGCAAGCACAACAUCUGAUGGAGUGAUACCUAACAGUGAUACCUCCCCCUCAGCUACCAUACAGUCCUCACCCAAAAUCAUCACCCUAAAUCCUCUCAAUCGUACCACAACUAUUCCCACCUCAACUACAACAACAAAAAGUGAAUAAGAGUUUAGAAUUUAGUAUUAAAAAGUUUCCCAUGACAAAAAAUUAAAUUUUUUUCAUGUUGUUCUUUUAUAAUUUUAUUCUUUCAUCAGUUUCUCUUUACAAAAGAUCAUGUCGCAUUAUGAAAUGAAAUUCAUAUUGAAUAUGUUUUGUUUUACAACAUUUAUGUAGAUUAGAAGUAUAGGCAAUUGACAUUUGUGAGCAUUGUGCGCUGUCAACUUGCCGAAUCUUUACCGUAGUUUGUAGAAUCUUUGUAUUUUGUCAUUUACAAUUAUCCUAGUUUUUAGAUUAAAAGCUAAUAAAAAGUGA